UGAUACAAACAUUUAUUUUGUGUUGCAGAGUUUGGUGUCCAUUUGGCAGAGCUGACUGUGGACCCGCAGGGAGCGCUGGCCAUCCGGCAGCUAGCAUCCGUCAUUUUGAAACAGUAUGUGGAAACUCACUGGUGUUCUCAGUCAGAAAAGUUCAGACCUCCAGAGACCACCGAGAGGGCAAAAGUUGCUAUUAGAGAGCUCCUACCCAACGGGCUGAGGGAAUCCAUCAGCAAAGUGCGCUCCAGUGUUGCCUACGCAGUGUCAGCAAUAGCCCACUGGGACUGGCCCGAAGCCUGGCCUGAGCUCUUCAACCUCCUGAUGGAGAUGCUGGUUAGUGGAGAUGUGAACGUGGUGCAUGGAGCCAUGAGAGUGCUGACAGAGUUUACGCGGGAAGUGACGGACACACAGAUGCCACAUGUUGCUCCUGUUAUUCUUCCAGAGAUGUACAAAAUCUUCACGAUGGCUGAGGUGUAUGGUAUUCGCACGAGGUCACGCGCAGUGGAGAUAUUUACCACCUGUGCCCAUAUGAUCUGUAACAUGGAGGAACUGGAAAAGGGUGCAGCCAAAGUCCUGAUAUUCCCCGUGGUGCAGCAGUUCACAGAGGCUUUUGUUCAGGCCCUGCAGAUGCCUGACGGACCCACAUCAGACAGUGGAUUUAAGAUGGAAGUCCUGAAAGUAAGUUGGUUAAUACUGAUAGGAAAUGACCACAUACAUAAACACUGCCAGGUGUGCUGGGAAGGAGAGAAAGUCGAGGGCUGUGUUGCCUCUCCUGACACUGCCUGUGCCAUGAGUUGUGAAGCUUUCUGGCUCCCAGUGCCACGCAGUCUUGAAAUACAGAAUUGUGCCUACACCGAAGUUGUGUGUGGUGAGCUCCAUUAUUGGGUUGUAGGUUUGGGGUGAAGGUGGACAGCCGUGUUCUUUGAAUAAAACCAUAAUGCAGUUAUUGUAAACAAGCAUAAAGUUUUUCAUAACGAUUAGCUUUGCUCCUGAGCCAAGAAGUUAAAUGCUGGAAGGUGCAGGAGGAUGCUGUUGUGGUAUUCAGAGGAGCAGCUGUUAAGUUCCGUGUUGUGGAACUGGUUUUUGUGGUCCUGUUCAAGGCAGCAGCACUGUGUUACUGCUUCCCAUCGCCUCCCCUGCUGCUGCCUCUCCUCGGUGAGGGGUGCAGUGCUGUAAGAGCAGUAGGAGCCAUUGAUGGAUGGUAGCAGCUCUGUGUGAGGGGAGCAGUGUUCUGUCUGGGUGCUCAGGGUUUUGUCACUUACAGCUUCUAAACUAAUGAUAGCAAUUUUCUAAGGCAAAAGGAAUUCAAGUGUAAGAUCUAUAAAUUGCCUUUCCUUCCAGGAAAGUGCAUUUUGUAGUCAUUGUAAUGCAGAAAUGAGAAAACUCAAGGGAUUGGUUAAGCCUGGUCUGCAGAUAAGAUGAUGGCUGGAGCUCCUGAAGU